AUGAAUCAUCUUUCUAUUGAACCUCCACCAGCUUAUUCUGUUUUAGAAAAAAAAAAUAUAAAAAAGAAAUAUAAUGGUAUUAGAGAAAUAAAAAAUACUAAUAAUACUGGGACAUGGACAUUAAAUUCAAAAAAACAUUGGAUUAAAAAAAAUCCAUCUACUAAUGGUUUUAUUAGACUUUAUACACCAAAUGGUGAAAAAUCUACAGUUAUUGCUGUAACAAUAGAUCAAACAACAGAAGAUAUUUGUAAUAAAAUUAAUAUAUCUUCAAUAUAUGUUCAAAUUGGUAAUCUUCAUAUAAGAAAAUUACCUUUAGAUAGUCGUCCAUUAUGGAUGCAGAAUGAUAUUUUAAUGACAAUAGGUCAUAAAACAAUUGAAGAAAUAUUAUCAUUAGGUGAUAGUAAUUAUUUAAGAUAUAUUAUUGCAUUUUUUAUUGACUGUCCAAUAUUUAACAUAGAAAACAAUUUAUUUUCAAGUAUUCUUUUGUCAACAUGUAUGGUUAAAAAAAAUGGAUUAUUACAAAAAUGGAUUCGAAAAAAAUGUAUAUUAUUUAAUGGAACUAUAAGAUUAAUAAAUUUUAUAGAAAACAAUGAAACUGGAUUAUCACCGGAUGAUGAAAUAUUAUUACUAUCUAAAUUAGAUUUGGAAAUAAUUGAUUGUGGUAGAGGAAAAUGUAUGAAGUUAUGUGAAAAGAAUGGUAAUUAUAUUUUAUUAUCUUUUGAUGAUCCCGACCAUCUUCCAGAAUGGAGUGUCAAAGCGUCACAGUGUCAAAUGAUACCUAAUUGCGAUUUGAGUGAUAAAUUUCUAGUCUACUUACCAGAGUAUCUUUUUGCAAGCGGAAAAAACAGAAAUAUUAUAAAUAUUAAUUUAAAAAGAAAUUCUUUAAUAACUAGAAGUCAUGAUGGGAAUAAACAUAUGAUGAUAGGUUAUGUUGAUGAUCUAGUUAGAUUUACAUCUUUAAAAUGUUUAAACCUCUCUUCAAAUUGUCUACGUUCAUUUCCAAUGCCAUUAUGUCAAAUUACAAGUUUAGUUGAAUUAGAUUUAAGUGGUAAUCAAAUAAAUAUAAUACCCAAUGGUAUUAGAAAUUUAAGAAAUUUAAAAAUAAUUAAUCUUUCAAAUAAUUGGUUAAAAAUGUUACCAAAAAAUUUUAAUGAAUUUUUUAAAUUGACAUAUUUGGAUUUAUCAUUUAAUAGAUUUACCUCAAUUCCUGAAUCACUUAACUAUAUGGAACAUUUAGAAAGUUGGCUAUUGAAUGGAAAUGAAAUUAGUAAUAUUAAUGUUUCAAAACCAUUGUCAAUAAUGACACUUCAACUUCGUUUAAAUAACCUCUCACAACCAAUUACAUUUAAUUCUUUGGCUUUUCAAAAAUUAACUAAACUUGACUUGAGAAAUGGGGGUUUUGCAAGAGAAAUUGAUCUUUCAAAUAUUACACAAUUACAAAUAUUAUAUUGUAGUAAUUUUGGGUUAAAAACUUUAUCAAUAAAUGGAAGUAAUAUUAGACAAAUUUAUGCCUCUAAUAAUCAUCUUGAAGAAAUUAUUAUAAUGCCAGUGCCAUUUAAAUUAAUUGCAUUAGAUAUUUCUUAUAAUUGUAUGGAUAGAUUACCAGAAUGGAUUCCUGAAUUAAAUUCUUUAAUUUCUAUUGAUGCUUCAUAUAAUAGAAUUUUUACACUUCCAUAUAGAUUAUUUAUGAAUAUGCCAAGUCUUAGAUUUGUUAAUUUAAAAAACAAUGAACUUACAAAAUUACCUGAACUUGUAGAAAAUUGCUGUAUAGAAAAUUUAAAUCUUUCAAAUAAUAAACUUCAAAAUCUUAGUACAAAUUUAUUAAAAUCAUCUCAUCGUUUAACUCAUCUAAAUAUUUCAAACAAUAAACUUAAUUCACUUCCACAGGCUAAUAGUUUUACAGAUUUAAAUAGAAUACAAAUUCUAAAAAUGAGUCGUAAUCAAUUAACAGAAUCAUGUAUAUCAGUAAUAAUGUCACUUAAAAAGUUACGUUUACUUGAUAUUAGUUAUAAUAAUUUUAAUUUUUUUACUGAUUCAACACUUUUACAACUUAAAUAUUUAGAAGAAAUUAAUAUUUCUUAUAAUCAUCUUACAUCAAUAGGAGAAGAAUUUUCACAAUUACAAAAUCUACAAAUUUUAAGAGCUCAUUCAAAUAAAUUAAUAUCAAUACCUUCUUUUAAUCAAUCAAAAUGUUUAAAAAUUUUAGAUUUAUCAAAUAAUAAAUUAUCAAAAAUAAUUCCUGAAAUGUUUAUAACAGAAAAUUUAAAAUUUUUAGAUUUAACUUGUAAUAUACCUGAAAAUACUAAAAAUAAUCAAAUUAAUAUUAAAAAUUUAAAAAAAAAAAUGGAUGGUAAAAAAAAUAUUGAAAUUGAAGAUAUAGGAAAAAAAGGUUUUUUUAAAAAUUUACAAUAUGGUUUUAGUGAAAGUAAUGGUGAUAAAAGAAAAAUGUCUAUUUAUCAAAUUAGGCCAAAAGAAUUUGAUAACAUUUAUUUUGGUAUGGUUGAUGGAAGUUCUAAUAAUGAUAUUGCAUUAAAAAUUAAAAUAUUAAUUGAGGAAUAUCUUCAAAAUCAGACAACUGUUACAAGUGACAUAUUAAGAAAAUGUUUAAUAAAUACACAUGAAAUUUUAGGUAAAGAUGGUAAUAGAUUAGGUGGGAGUGCUUUAAUUUUAGCUAUUAAUGGUGAGGAAAUUUAUAUAGCUAAUACAGGGAGUAUUAAGGGAAUUAUUAUUAAAGAAAAUGGAAUUGUAAAAGAAAUAACUAACGAAAAUUCUCCUGUUAAAGGUGAUGAAUAUGAUAGAUUAAGAAAUGCAAAUGCAAUUAUAACAGAUGACAAUUGUAUUAAUGGAAUUUUUCCUGUUGGUAAAGCAAUUGGAUAUUCAUAUCAAUUUCCAGCUAUACUUCCUACACCUGAUAUUGAAAAAAUUAUUUUAACUCCUAAUAUUGAACAUAUUAUUAUAUGUAAUCGUGAAUGUUGGAAGUAUUUAAGUGAUGAAGAUAUAAAAUAUUGUUUAAAAAUAUCAUCUAAUUGUUAUCAAAUAGCAAAAAUUCUUCAAGAUAUUAUUCAAUCAAAUGAUUAUACAGGAAAUAUAUCCAUUUUAGUUAUAAAAGUUACUAAUAAAAAAAUGCACUUUUCUAAUGAGGAAUUACAAAAUAUUUCAAAAUUGGAAUUGAAUAAAAAUUUUGAUAAUGUAGAAGAAAGUGCUUUAAGAAAAAUUGAAGAAAGAUUAAAUAAAAUAUCACAAGCAAUUUCAAAAAUUGAAACAGAUGUUAUAUCUAGUUCAUAUUCCUCUCUUCAUUUAAAAGAUGUAAAAAGAAAAAAAAUUAAAAGGUCAAUUAUAAGUUCUAGUGCCUCAACGGAAGAUAUAUCUGAAACUAACAUAACAACUCAACGACUUCAUCGAGAUACUUCAGUUCCGGCAAUUAAAAAUUCAUCAUUUCAGGAGAAGGCGUUACUUUAUUAUGCUGAAGAUGGAAUGGCUAUAUACACAAGAGACUUUUGUUCAGAUUUAGUUUAA